UUGAAGGCAGCAGUAAGACGGAACGAAAGUACCCUGGCAACGCUGUCACAAAAAGAAAGAAAAAAUAAGGAAAGAAAGCAACUACGUUGAGCGUCUCACCCUUCCUCGGGCGCCUCGCAGCUUUGCUCGCAUAUGUAUUUGAAUAUGAAUAUUAAGUGACCAAAUGUCGCGUUAGUUGCCAUAAACGGGGUUUUAACGCGUUCGUCAUGGUGUUCUUCGACGAACCCAGCUAGCUUAGCCUUUCUUCGUCGAGGCUCCACAGUUGACGUUAGCGUCGAGCUAAAGCUCAAGCGCAGCCGAUCGACGAUGGCGAUUGUGUCCGGCUCCUGCGCGCGGGUCAACGGCUCCCGCAGCGGGCCCUCGGCGGCGGUGGCCGCGGUCCCGGUCCCGUCCCCGUCCUCCGGCCAGUCGCAGCCCAUGAUAGCCGUGUGGGAAUGGCAGGACGAUCUGGGCCACUGGCGGCCAUACAGCGGCCAGGUGAGCGCCUACAUCGAGCGCUGCCUGUCGCCGCGAGGCCACCGGGGCGGCGCGCCCGCCGCCACCACCAUCUGCCUGGGACAGUCGGACCCCGGCCUGUCGCCGUAUCUCAUCGACGUGGCCAGCUUGAAGCAGUUCAGACAGGACACGGGGAAGACUCGAUCGGUGCGGCGCUCCCUAUUCGCGCAGUCGUCGGGCCUGGGCAGCGGCGUGUACUGGGAGUGGGCCAACGACGAGGGCGGCUGGACGCCGUACGAGACGCGCACGUCCAUCCUCCUGGAGCACAGCUACCAGGCCCGGCAGGGCACGGCCGACCUGGGCCCGCACGGCCACAACUACAUCGUGGACCUCACCUCCCUGGCCCAAGUCAACAAGUCGUCGGGCUUCAGGCGGCAGGUGCGGCGCCAGUGCAACCUGCCCUACCCGCUGGCCUCCUUCGGACCCCCGGCCAUCCCCUCGGGGCCCUCGGCGCUACCUGCAGGCGUCCCCCCUUCCUCUUCCUCAUCCGGGGGCCCGGCCUGCUCCUGCCAGCAGUGUCUUAGCCACGGGGCCACGGGGCCCAUGCCCAGCCGCUCCCGUCACUCCUUCUCGUCGGGCAGCCUCAACCGGCCCAGCCUGCAGGGGGCCGGCAGGGUGGCGGCGGCGGCGGCGGCGCAUCCCACCUCCGUGUACUCGCCGUACCCACGCAGGCCUCUCUCAGUCGGCGGGAUGUCUUGGGGCAGCCCCUGGCCCCCGCCGCAUUCUGCUAGCCAGCUGGCCGCGCCGCUUCUGAGCAGCGCCUCGGGCGCCAACGGCCUCAGCGUUCCUUCCAUCCCCGUUCAGAUCAACGGAUCCACCAGUGUCAGCUCGGCCCUGGCAGGCAUGGCCUCCAUUUUGAUGUCAGCGGUCGGACUGGGCGUGCACUUCACCACCACCGCCGCCGCCCCCCUCCCGCAGCCGCCGCCGCCUCCUCAUCAGCAUCUGCCACCCCAGCAAUUUGCGCUCCCGCCGCCGCUUGCGUCUCACGUCCAGUUCCCCCCCUCCGGCCGGCCCAGCAAGCCCCCCGGCGGCGGCAGCGGCGGCUCAAUUAAGAGAGCCAAGAGGCAGCACAGGAGAGCUUCCAGUCAGAGAGCCGAGGAGGUGAUCCGACGUUACAUGGAGGUGGUGCCCGGCGUCCCGGACGAGGACUGCAUCAUCUGCAUGGAUCAACUGUCCAAUCCCUCCGGCUACGAGACGCAGCCCCCGGCGACGGCGGGGGAAGGGGCGCAGGGCAUCCUGCCGGACGCCGUGGGGAAGUUUGUCAAGUGCGGGCACACCCUGCAUAUGCUCUGCAUGCUGGCCAUGUACAACAACGGCACCAAGGACGGCAGCCUUCAGUGCCCCUCGUGCAAGACCAUCUACGGCGAAAAGACGGGCACGCAGCCAAAAGGCAAGAUGGAGAUUUACAGCAUCCCGCAAGCGCUGCCCGGACACCCGGACUGCGGCGCCAUCCAGAUCAUCUACAGCAUCCUGCCGGGAAUACAGGGUCCGGAGCAUCCCAACCCAGGACAGCCCUUCACCUGCCGAGGAUUCCCUCGCUUCUGCUUCUUGCCCGACAGCGACAAAGGCAGGAAGGUUCUGGAGCUGCUAAAGGUGGCGUGGAUGCGGCGCCUCAUCUUCACGGUGGGCACGUCCAGCACCACCGGCGAGCCCGACACGGUGGUGUGGAACGGCAUUCACCACAAGACGGAGAUGAUGUCCAACCUGUCGGGACACGGCUUCCCGGACCCCAACUACCUGGACAACGUCCUGUCGGAGCUGGCCUCGCAGGGCGUGACCGAGGACUGCCUCAAAGCCCCCGGCUGCAGCAGCUAAGUCACUGCCUGCCCACUCCAAAAGGAAAAAAAAAAACAUCCUCCAACUGGAAGGGAACAUCACCAUACAAGCACUGGAAUAGGGGAGAAAAUCCCAGAAACUUUUCCACCUUCGGAAGUCAUAUCAGAUCCGUAACAGGCCAGAAGCGCAACCCUCUGUGUGAAAGUGAACACAAGUGCUUAUGCGGCGAUAUCCUGCUUUCUGCUACGGUUGCGAUGCAGUUACAUUCCCACAAACCUAAUUCCGGAAAAUAUUUUGUUGUUGUUGUUGUUGUUGCUGCGCUUUAUUUUUAAUUUCUAUCCUGAUCCACAUUGUCCCCACCGCUCGGUUGCCUUGAUGACACCGGCACUUCAAAACUCAUAAAGCACUUUAGUUGUGACGGCGCAGAAAACUGUGAUUAAAAAGUCAGAAAAGAAAAAAAAACAAAUCAAGGGUGGACGUUAUGCAAUUGAAAGCGUAGCAAAGCAACGUCGCGUUAGCCUACUUUUGGGGGGGGGGUUGUAGGAAAUUGAUUUAAGAAACAAGUGGUGACCAGAAAUCAGUUAAAGACCCAUAAUCUUUAGCACUCUUGUGCUUUAGUUAGCGCCCUAAUCGAAACGUGCACCAUUUCACUAACCUUAAUCCUUUGGACUCAUCAGCUAUCGAAACGGGUGCAAUUUCUCUUUCAGUUAGCAUUGCAGCCGAAUCGUGCGCAGCUUGACACCCUAUCCUGACCAUCAAGUCUGAAGACAGAAGCCAACAAAAGCGCUCCCGACAGUGACAAUCAAGGCCUCACUUCCUGUACUCACACGAAUGAUCCCGCCUCUUGGGCACAAGUCACUGCAAUAAAGAGAAAAAGAUUGACGACGACAAA